ACGGGAAUUACGUCCGCCGGAGCGCCCAAACUCUCCGGCGAGCGAUUUCCGUCUUCCAUGGCUUCCGAUCCGAGCGGAAAUUCAAAGUUCGGCUUCGCAGUCGCGGUUUCCCUGGCGCUCGCCGCCGUCUCCGUGUGCUUGUGGAGGAGGAGGAGGUCGAGAGAGCUGGAAUCGAGGAUCAGAGAGCUCGAAGCGUCGCUCAAGUCGUCGUCGGAAAAGUGCGCCGCCGAGAGGCAAGGCCGCAUCAGGGCUCAGCAGGCUUUAAGGAAAGCUAUAGCACAACCUCAGCUGGAAAAUUCUGAGGUUACUUCUUAUCCAAUGAGGCCUAUUGGCAUUGUCAAGUCAUGCUUUUCUACCAGGAAUGGCACGCCGAGGCAGCCUUUAAUUGUGCCCCUCGCAAGAGCAUGUUUGCUAUUUGAUGUAUCUCGAGUCCCUCCAGCAUCACUUGAGGGCCUUGAAGGAUAUUCUCAUUGCUGGAUUAUAUAUGUUUUCCAUCUCAAUACGGAUUUAGAGAAGUUGUGGAAGGAGACAUCUAGAUCAAAGUUCAAGGCAAAGGUCAGGGUGCCAAGACUGAAAGGCGAAAAGGUUGGAGUCUUUGCUACAAGGUCUCCACAUCGACCUUGCCCUAUAGGGCUAACUGUUGCAAAGGUGGAGGCUAUCAAAGGAAACACGGUUUCACUCUCAGGCGUAGAUUUGGUUGAUGGAACGCCAGUUCUGGAUAUCAAACCUUAUCUCUCGUACUGCGACAGCCUCCCAAGAGCAAGAGUGCCGUCCUGGGUAAUGGUUGACAGUUCACUAGCAGUUGCUUCCGUGAACUUCUCCGGUCAUUUCUCUUCAACGCUAGCUGAUUGCUGGGCAGUUGUGGGAAAGAGUUCGAUGUAUGCAUCGCCAGAAGAGCUUCAGAAGUUGAUCAAGGAAGUCCUUUCAUGGGAUAUACGAUCAGUAUCUCAGAGAAACCGAACACAUGAGUCGCCUGUUAAGGAAAUUAAUGGCAAAGCAUCUGACAUAACUUCGGACAUUGACGAUCUGCACGAAGAUGGUUCUGAGGGACUUGAGAAGGCGCCUCUGCAUUCCAAGGAUAUAGUUUAUCACCUUGUUUUGGAAAGAUUUGAUGUCUCAUAUAGAAUUUACUCUGAUGGAAAUGUCUUUGUGGAGAAAGUCACACUUCCCUCAGACAUCCCAGAUACUAACAGUGAGGGUAUUAAAAACCAAUACGAAGAAUGACUUGGAUGGCUAGGUUGCUCCAGGAUUUUGGUAAUCCAAAUGGAUGGUUUGCUUGGAUUGGGGUUCAUUUCAUACCGGAGCUUGGGGUUCCUGUUUUUCUCUAUGUUUGAUGUUUCCAUUAGCUACUUCACCUUAGAUUUUGUCAGUGAGGUUUUCUACUUCUGUUCAAAUGUACAGAUCACUCUGCAAACCAACCAGUAGGCUGAAGAAAAGAGCCAAAUAAAUUAUCCGAAAUAUACAUGGAGGGUAAUACUUAUGUAA